AUGCAGUUGGGUUCCAAUGAUUUAACAGACUCUGACCCUUUACAUGUUGGCUUAGCUAUUGAAGAUUUUGUUAGGCUAUUGCAUGACACCUAUGGUGUUAAGGUUGUCUGCGUUUGCCAGACCAUCAUGCGCCAGGGCGCAAUGGUCUUUAAUCGUAAGGCCAAGCUGUUAACGAAAUACCCUCGGGUAGUUUUAGAGCCUAUACCUUAUGCUAUCGUUUGGGGCCAUAGGGGGUUUUGGCGCCCGACUCAGAACUUUUACGCACGUGAUGGUGUGCAUCUCAAUUCCUUCGGUCAGGAAAAAUACCAUCGUAGUCUUAGGGGAGCAAUCCUACGGUCCUUGAGCCUAUUCAGCACAAUUUCGUCUUGUUGAAUUUUCAACGUUUCAUUUCAUUUCCUAGUCGAGCCUUUUAACGUUUGCGUACUUGCCUCGCCAUGCCUUUGUUUUAGUGACAGCCGUUUAUGUUACUGACUUGCCGCCUUUAUUUAAUUGGGCGCAUUCUAUUUUGGCUGCACUCAUUGUUUUUACAGUUCUACAGAACUGUUGUUUGCCUUCCGUGCAUAACAGAUUGUAUUUGCUGGCGUUGGCAUUAUCCAUACUUUGUGUCUUGGUGAAUAUUAUGAGUGUGCAAUCCUAUUCGACCGCCCUUAUUUGGGUGUGUCCUCAAUGCACUUUGAUAUUCGUUUACCAGGCAUUUAUGUCACUCAAUUCUUGCUACAUGGCUCGCCAUUUGGUUUUCAGCAGAGUUCGGUUAUUCGUCACCAUUAUGUGUGCGUAGCUUAGCCACAUUACCGUUUGUUAAACAAAAAACACAACUCAAAGGAAAAAUAAACAUCCCGGCUCAGACCUUUCAUUAAUUUGCUCCUCUUUGACUCAUACCGUUUUGAUAUCUUAUCUUAUCUUAGCGGAAACAUAUGGCAUUUAGCCUUAUCUUAAUCUAAUUACUUUUACUUAUCUAAGUUAUGCCUCCUAAGCCGAAGAGAACGUCUCAAACACGCACGCGAAGUUCUGCAAAGCGGGAACGUGUAACAGAAAUGAUCGAAACCCACCCUGGACCCAGUGAUCAACAACAACCUGCAACUUCCACGGAGCAGCCUCUCAUGGCCGGCAAUAUGCAGGCCCUCUCCGCCUCCAUUCCUAGCGCAGUACAGCUAGCUGUCGCGGAGGCCAUGAAAGCGCAAUGGCCAGCCGCACCCUGCCAGGAGACACAGUCCUCCACGGACCAGUCAGUGGCCAAUAUAGUCAACGCAUCCUUGGCCGAGAUCACCCAAGGUACUCCAUCAAGUAGCGAAAACGUUGUCACCUUAGCUGAGCCUGGGUUAGACUCGCCGGCUCCGAAACAAAUUUUUUCUAGCGCGGCUGUUUCUCUUAGCAGUCGGGUGAGUUCCAAAGUCAAGGCCAAAAUGUGGUCCAACGAAUAUCUUGAUUUUGGAACUCUCCUCUCGUUUUCUCCCAAUAAUCAAAGGUAUUCUCAGCCUCUUCGGAUGGUGAGACCACCCGCCAACACUUAA